AAAAAGUGUAACUUUCUGCAGAGGUCUGUGAAGUUUCUGGGGCAUAUCAUUAGUGCGGAUGGUGUAGCUACAGACCCUGAGAAGGUGAGGGCCAUUACAGGAGUAACAGAAGCUGAUCUGAUGAAAGAUGGCACUGACAUUCCAUCUCAGAAGAAAUUGAGGUCAUUCCUUGGGAUGGUGGUGUAUUAUCAACAGUUCAUUGAGGGUUGCUCGACCAUUGCAAAGCCUCUCUUUGGAUUGACUACUGGACACAAGGCUCCACGCUGGAAAAAGAAGCGAAGCUCACCUGUCAGGAAGUUGACGGCUGCCGACUGGACAACAGAAUGCAGACAGGCCUUAUUCCAGCUAAAGCAAGCCUUGCUGGACCAGGUUUUGUUGGCCCACCCCAACUUUGAAAAACCCUUUCUACUCUCGGUGGAUGCAUCCAGCAAUGGCUUAGGUGCUGUGCUAUCUCAGGUGCAAGAACCGGGAGCUACAGCGAGACCUAUAGCCUUCGCGAGCAAGUCCCUCAGUUAUGCACAGUCAAGGUAUCCUGCGCACAGGCUCGAGUUCUUUGCCAUGAAAUGGUCUAUCUGUGACAAGUUCCACCACUGGCUACGGGGACAGCAGUUCACGGUAUGGACGGAUAAUAAUCCCUUGACAUACAUUCUGACCAAAGCAAAACUUGAUGCUUGUGAACAGAGAUGGGUCGCCAAGCUGGCACCGUACGAGUUUGACAUUAAAUACAUCCCUGGAAAAAUGAAUGUUGUUGCAGAUGCUUUGAGCAGAGAGCCCUUCGUACGACCCAGUGCACUCCAUCGCCUGACAAGGGUCCCGUACGAGACCUUACUAGCUGAAGCCGACGCUGUGCGCACAGACAGAGUGCAAGAUGUGUUUCGCUGGUGCAGCCACCCCUUUGACAAAGCCUCUGACUCCAACGAAGUGGUCAUUAGCUGUCAGGCUACUGUUGACCCCCCAUCUGGUGCUUUAUCAAGACAUGAAGUUGCAGCUGUUCUUCAUUCACAUAGGUGCUGGGUGGGUGAAGUGGGCUCACAUGCACUGCUGUUGCCACAGCUCCCACAGGCUGUUAUGCCAUCAGAGCAGACCAAUGUCGAUGUUCUGCCACACGACCUACUGAUGAGUAAGCAGCGUGAUGACAACGUGAUCAGCAAAGUCAUCUUCUUUGUUGAGAGGGGGAGAAGACCAUCCCGGAGAGAGCGUGCCCAUGAGAGUGUUGAGGUUUUGGGUCUUCUCAGAAGUUGGGACAAGUUGACCAUGAAGAUGGGUGUACUGUAUCGUGUUUCAAAGAAUGUGGUUACAAAGAGGAAAAUGUAUCUGUAUGUGGUUCCAGCCUCCAUGAAAGCAAUGGUGUUGAAGGGUGUCCAUGAUGAAGCUGGCCACCAGGGCCAACAGAGAACAGUCUAUCUGACAAGACAGAGGUUCUUCUGGCAUGGCCUGGAGAGGGAGGUAAAAGCCUAUGUGAAGUGCUGCAGGAGAUGCGUGGUGAGCAAGACUCCUGAUCCGGAAGCAAGAGCUCCUCUUGAGAGCAUAAUAACAACUGAGCCUCUUGAACUAGUGUGCAUAGACUUCUGGUCUGCAGAAGAUUCUUCAAACAAAUCCUUGGAUGUGCUCGUUGUUACUGACCACUUUACCAAAUUAGCUCAUGCCUUCUUGUGUCCGAACCAGUCUGCUAAGUCAGUAGCUCAUCAGUUGUGGAACAACUAUUUCUGUGUCUACGGGAUGCCACGCCGUAUACACUCAGACCAGGGAGCCAACUUUGAGAGCGCUUUAAUAGCCGAACUGUUGAGUGUUGCAGGCGUUCAGAAGUCUCACACCACGCCGUACCAUCCGAUGGGGAACGGGUCCUGCGAAAGGAUGAAUAGGACUUUGGGAAACAUGAUCCGGGCCCUGCCAAUGAGAGCUAAGCACAGAUGGCCUCAGGCGCUGAAGUCCCUUACGUUUGCAUACAAUUGUACAAUCCACGAGACCACAGGCUUUGCCCCUUUCCUGCUAAUGUUUGGGAGGACGCCAAGACUGCCUGUUGACAUAGUCUUUGGCUCGGUCAUAGAGAACCCAGAAGUUGUCGACUAUGACCAGUUUGUUCAGUUUUUGAGGAGAGAUCUGAAAGAAGCCAUGAAUGCAGCACAGGCAUCUGCAGCGAAGCAGUUGAAGAGGCAUGCUGACCUUUAUGACAGAAGAGUCAGAGGAGCACCAGUGGAGAUUGGGGAUCGAGUAUUGCUGGCUAACAAGGGGGAGCGGGGAAAGCGGAAGCUCGCUGACCGUUGGGAGGAUACUGUCUACCUUGUCACUGGAUUGAAUGCUGACAGUCACACUUUUAAGAUUCGGAACAGCUCCACUGGACGGGAGAAGACGGUACAUCGCAAUCUGAUAAUGCCAGUCAACUUUCUUCCUCUUCCCCAUGCUGCUGUUGAGGAGGGAACAGACAUGUCUGGAUUAACAGAGUCUGAGGACAUGAAUGACAGCCUAGUGGUCUCAGCUGCCAUGGACACUGCAGUGGAUGAUGGUGCUGAGUACAGAACCAGAGUGUGGGUGUCAGAGUUGUCUUCUGAAGGAACAGGUGACACAAGCCUGGAGGGUGAUGUGCGAUCCUUGGAUGCUCAGGAUAUUCCACCUUUGGUUUCCGUGGAUGAUAUACUGCAGCUGGAAGGUCUGCCUCGAUCAGAGAGUCUUCAAGAAUCUGACCGAGACUGUAACAGUGUAGUGAGUGAGUUAAUUGACCAGUCUGCUUACGAUAUCCGUACUGACCUACCAAACGCGGACCAUUCCUUACCUGAUCAGUUAAGUACUGACUGUGUUGACGGACACACUAUUGCAACAGUGCACAACACUGUUACCCCUUAUGCAGUUGAAGGUAGUCGGGGUCAUAUUAGGUCAAGGGCAGGAAGGCUAUUUAAACCAGUGUCAAGAUUGAUUGAGAUUAUGAAUCAGCAGAAAGUUAGCUCUUGAAGGUAAAAUAUGUGAAUAGAGGGUCAAUGGUAUUGACAUCUUUUAUUUGUUUUGCUUUUACAUCAUUGUGACCAUAAUUAGAGGUUGCAGGAUGGUAAUGUGACAUAUGAUAAAGUCUCUUAUGGUGGUUUAUUUUAUUACUUGGAUGUUUGAAAGUCACCGAGUGUACUUAACAUGUGACAGGGCAUGUUUACCUAUGAGGGCUAAGGGGUUUGAUCAACCGCUUUUCACUCUAAUUCUCAAGGAGAAUAGUCUAAGGACUGGAAUAUUUAGUGACUGAUUUAAAGCAGGGUCUGCAUCCUUGAUAUACACAGCGUUACCUUUUAGUUCUCUAUUAGGUAGUACAUUUUUUCUUCUCUGGAUUAUUCUGUACAUAUGUUGAGUGUCUCUGUAUCUGGUAUGUUUGCACAGUGCCGUUUUGUAUUUUGUUAUUUUUCUUGGCAAGUGGAAUUCAGUAGGGGGGAGUGUAACAGGGUUAUAUUGGUGAUUCCCCUUGCCACUUUAUUGUUAAGCCAAUGGGUUUUUGGUUUGAGUUUGUCUUGCCUUCACCUACUCAACAUGGCAUCUUAUUGGCUGGUUUGCCUAGCUUGCUUACGAGGGGGGAUGUUCCAGUUAGAAUCGUCCCAGUGAACAAGCACCAAACCAGCGGUAAGUUGUUGGUUGCAAAGCACCGUACGUCAAGAGUGAUUUUAUGCUCUCAAGUGAUUAUUUAAAUGUACAAUUUAUAUCAAAUAGUUUGUAAAUGUUAUUCAAACAUCACACAUAAGAUGCAUGGGUUUUUGGAGAAUAUUUGUUGUGCAUUUUGUUGUAGAGAAUUCACGCCAGUAUUAGCUAGCAACUUACUGUGUCUGGUGGGGGGGGUUCAUAUAUUUUGUACAGUGCGUGAGUGCAGAGUUGGAUGGUGAGACGGGCAUUGCAUGACGUGCAAUCUUGUGUCGUUCUUAUCAGAAUAAAGCUACAUGAUUGGUGCUACA